AUGACGUCAUCAGGUCCCACCUCCCCGUUCCCCGCCCUGAGGUGGGUGGUAUCUGGGGAAGGUAAGGAAGGGCGAAGUGGGGGGGAGAUGAGUGGGAAGGGGAAUAAGAGUGGUAAGAAGCGAAAGGAGGGAAGGAGGGAUGAGGAGGGAGAGGGGUGUGUGUUGGAGAGGGGUGAAGGUGGGGUGGAGAAGAAGAAGAAGAAGAAGAGAAGGGGAGUGAGAGAGAGGUUGGAAGGGAGAUUGGGCGGAGAGAAAGGAGGGGGUGGGAGAGAGAGUGGGGAUAAGGAUAGGGAGAGGGGUGGAGGUGGGGGAAAGGAGGGGGAAAGAGGGGUUAUAGGGGAUAAGUGGGGAGUGGGAAGAGGGGAGGAAGAGGGGGUCAGGGGUGGGAAAGCCGGGAACCUUCCGAGAAACGUAGCAGAGGAUGGUGUGGGGGAAGGUGAUGAGGGGGAGAGGGGGGAAGAAGAGGAGGAAGAGGAGGAGGUGGAGGAGGUAGAGGAGGAAGAAGAGGAUAAGGAGGAAAAGGAGGAAGAGGAGGAAGAGGAGGAAGAGGAGGAAGAGGAGGAAGAAGAGGAAGAGGAGGAAGAGGAGGAGGUGGAGGAGGUAGAGGAGGAAGAAGAGGAAAAGGAGGAAAAGGAGGAAAAGGAGGAAGAGGAGGAAGAGGAGGAAGAAGAGGAAGAGGAGGAAGAGGAGGAGGUGGAGGAGGGAGACUUCAGAGGGGAGAAGGAAGAAGGAUCUUCUGAGUCUAUGGAGGAGGAAAGUUCUAGUGAGGUGGAAAAGUCUUCUGACUCGAGUGAGGAGGAGGAGGAGGAGGAGGAGGAGGAGGAGGAGGAGGAGGAGGAGGAGGAGGAGGAGGAGGAGGAGGAGGAGGAGGAGGAUUCAAGUGAGGAGGAAGGGGAGUGUAGUGAGGAAGGCGAAGAGGAGAAGGAAAAAGGAGGAGUUGCAAAGGAAGGAGACUCGAAGAGAGGAGAGGCGAAGAGGCAUGACGGAGAAGCAGGAGGGCGUGAGGGUGGCGCGGGGCUAAAGGAUGCAGCUGUUGGAGCAGUGGGAGGAGCCAAUGCAGCUACAGGGGCGACGAGAGGGGCCCAUGCUGCUGCGUUGUCUGUUAGGAAGGUGCGUCUUAAAGGGAGUGUGCUGGGAGUGUGGUGGGAGUGUGGUGGGAGUGUGGUGGGAGUGCGGUGGGAGUGUGCUGGGAAGGAGUGUGCUGGGAAGGAGUGGCCCUUCUCGCAACACGAUUCGCAAGAGGGCAAAGAGAAGAUGGCUGGCGAAGCAGCGGCAGGCUGCAAAGGCAAGAAGCAAAGGGGGCCCUUCUCGCAACACGAUUCGCAAGAGGGCAAAGAGAAGAUGGCUGGCGAAGCAGCGGCAAGCCGCCAAGUUGAGGUGAAGAAAGGGAAUGUUAUGUUCAGGGCUGGGGACGAGGGGAAAAGGGAGGAGGAGGAUGAAGAAGUUCCUGGUGAUAUACUCGCAUAUCGCAUCAUCGCUCUCUCGCCUCUCACUUGGACGCCUGAGCCGUCAUCAUUGCGGCAAGGCCGAGUGGUCAGCUUCGACCCCUCCUCGUCUCUCAUCCACCUCGCACCUGUGGGCUCUGUAACCACACCUGGCGGCCUCUCAUUGGCUGAGGCUGGUGGCACAGCUGGCAGUGGUCUCCCAUUGGCUGAGGGCGAGCGAGGUGAAGAUGAAGUGGGGGUUGAACCUCCCUACGAUGAGACAGUGGGAGCAGUGGGCGAGCGUGGCGAGACUGCUGGAGCAGAAGAGGCGAGCACUCAUGGGGGGGACGACAGGGGUGUUACAGUCACAGCAGCAGCAGAUGCACCCAGCUCUGCCCCUGUAGGAGGGGCCAAAGGUGGAGGCAGGGCAACGGGUGUGAGUGGUAGUGGAGGCAAGACCAUCAGGUACAGAGGGAGGAAGGCAGCUGGGUUGGCGGCAACUCUUGCUCUGAUGAGGCAGGGAGGGGGCACGUGA